AUGCCGGACAUAUGGCUGGAGAAGUACCGACCCAUCAAGUUCGAGGAUGUGGUCGGCAACUCUGCUGCCGUGACGAUCCUCAGAUCGCAUGCCACCGCAGGCACCUUCCCCCACCUGCUCCUCACCGGUCCACCCGGCUGUGGCAAGACCACGGUGGUGCACUGCCUCGCCAGGGAGCACUUGAAAGAGCACUACGAGCAGGGCUGCAUCGAGCUGAACGCCUCGGAUGACCGAGGCAUCGACGUCGUGCGGGAAAAGAUCAAGGGCUUCGCGCAGCAGAAGGUGUCCUUGCCAGAGGGCAAGCUGAAGGUAAUUAUUCUGGACGAAGCAGACAGCAUGACCCAAGCUGCUCAGCAGGCCAUGCGUCGGACGAUGGAGAUCUUCAGCGAGACCACGCGCUUUGCCUUGGCGUGCAACAUCUCUUCGAAGAUCAUCGAACCCAUCCAGUCCCGCUGUGCGAUCCUUCGUUUCAGCCGGAUAUCCGAUGAGGAAAUGCUUCAAAGACUGAAGUUUGUGUUGGAGAAGGAGGGCGCCCCGUACGACCAGUCUGGUUUGGAAGCCUUGGCCUUCUCCGCAGAGGGAGACAUGCGCAACGCUCUUAACGGAGCGCAGUCGACCUUCAAUGCCUUUGGGGAAAUCAACAAAGCGACGGUCUUCAGGAUGAAUGACCAGCCCCAGCCCGAGAAGGUAAAGAGCUGCUUGGAGGCCAGCUUGAAGAAGGACGCCAAGGGCACUUUUGGCCCGAUGCACGAGAUCUGGAACCAGGGCUACAGCACCACCGACAUCAUCUCCACCUUCUCGCGUGUUGCCAAGCAGAUGGAGGCCCCAGAGCACAUCAAGCUGGAGUGGCUGAAGGAGAUCGGCCUCGCCCAUGCGCGUGUGACGGGUGGAGCUGCGAACCUCUUGCAGCUGGAUGCCAUGGUUUCCAAGAUCAUAUUGGCAUCCGAGAGAGGCACGGAGCUCGGAUUCCGAGCGCCGCCCCCGUGCCAAGUGGCAGAGGGGCUGGAGGAUGACAAUGACAUGUCUCUGCUCACUUUCCGCAGCUUUCUUGGCCCGUGGGACAGGGCAGGGCCACGCGCGAGUGUCCUCUUGCCGGGACCUCAGCUUCUGACUUCUCGGGCUCCGCUUCCAGCCUCCGCGAUCGAUGCCAUCGCCGAGGCGCGAUUGAGGGCCGUGAUGCUAGGCAGGAUCACUCCGAGCAGUCUUCUUCAGUCUUCCAGCAGGAUCUUCUUUCUCAGGCGCCAGCUUAGUCAGCAGUGUCUAGCUCCUGGCCACUGGACGUACGAGUGCAAGAACGGAAGCACCUACCAGGUCCGCGCCAGCGCUUCGCGGCAGCUCAAGCAGAAACGCUUCAAGCAGGCCUUCCUAGAAGAAGAGGCACCCGAGGUGCCCUACAACGCCUUCCUGGGUGACGACCGAGCGCGAUUCGGAACAAGGAAAGACACCGCUCCUGGCCCCCCAGAAAAGAAGCCCAAGACGGAGAAGGACGCAAAGGAAAAGAAUGAGAAGAAGUCAAAGAAGAAAAAGGAGUCCUCCUCCUCCUCCAGCUCUGACAGCGAUUCUAGCUCCUCAAGCUCAAGCUGA